AUGGCAACAUGUUCGAGUGAGAAGGAGCAAGCCCUGGUGGUGUAUAACCCCGAUCCCCUGCUGGCCUCGUUGCAUGAAACCGAGCACGAGUUUCGACUUGAAUGGACAGGGACCGGGCGCUCUCUUCCUGACAGUGUGAAACUGCAGCAAGGAGGUAGAGGAACAGGGGCCACGACGUGGGCGGCGGGAUACAUCCUCGCUACUUUCAUCGCGAAGUACCACUCGAACAUGGAAGAGAAGUUGCCCAGAACCUUCGUGGAGGUCGUGAAGACGAGGGGGCAGGAGUUCAAGUUCGAGGAUCGGACUGUGGUAGAGCUGGGAGCUGGUCUUGGACUUGUGUCGAUCGUCUUGGGGAUGUUGGGAAGCAGGGUUGUGUCUACAGAUGGGGAUGAGACGGUCAUUCCUUUCCUUGCCAAGAAUGUGCGCGCGUACAGGCAGCAUAUGAAACACGUUGUCAAGGUUGCCAGGCUGCACUGGGGUUCUAGCGAGGAUGUACAGCUAUGCAUGUCCAGGCUGCCGGCAGAGGGAGUUGAAGGGGGGACAACGGUAGAUAUCAUCAUGGCGGCUGAUGUUGUUUUCGGUCAAGAUACGCGCGUGUGGGAAGCACUUCUUGCUACAAUGCUUAAACUAUCGCAUCGGGGAACUAUCAUAUUCUUCGGCUAUUCAAGUCGGUACGACUUGGACAAGAAGUUCGUAGAAAGCUUAUCAGAGUAUUUCCUAACUGCGGAAAUCCCUUCGGAAGACUGGAGAGACACUUACGAACAGACUUCCGUACAAGUGAUGAUAAGAAAAUAA